AUGUUGGACAUUAAUUUGUUGCGAGAGGACCGUGGUGGUAACCCGGAGGUUGUUCGAGAGAGUGAGAAGCGUCGUGGUCGUUCAGGUAGCAUAGUAGACAAAGUGUUGAGUUUGGAUGGAGCGUGGGUGAAGGCGCAAUUUGCGGUGGAUUGUGCGAAGCGGGAUGCGAAUGGGGCGGCUAAGCGAAUUGGUAUUAAGAAGAAGGAGGGUGCGUGUGAAGAGGAGUUGGUAUCGAUAAUGGCGGAAGCUGCGGAAUUAAAGAAGAAGAUUCCGGAGGCAGAGGCGGCCGCAAGCAAGUUGUUAUCUGAGCGGGAUACGUUGAUGCACCGGAUAGGGAAUGUAGUGCAUGAGUCAGUACCGACGAGCAAUGAUGAAGCUAACAAUGCUGUGUUACGGACCUGGGGUGAGUUACCUAAGCCGGUAUUAGCACGUAAGGCACACCACGAGAUCUUGGAGGCGUUGGAUGGCUUCGAUAUGAAGAAAGCUAACGACGUUGCCGGUCAUCGUGCCUACUAUCUGAAGGGAUAUGGUGCCAUGCUUAACCAAGCACUCUUCCAGUACGGUCAGAGUUUCCUCCGCAAGAAAGGCUACACCACGAUUCAGACGCCGUAUUUCAUGAAACGAGAUUUCAUGACCCUCGCUGCUGAACUCAGCGAUUUCAACGAGACAUUGUACAAAAUACCAGCGACGACAGCAACAGCAGACGUGAAGGCGUGCGAUGGCAAGGACGUGAGCGGUGGUAAGGACGUGAAGGCGUGCGACAGUAAGGUGAGUGACAAAGAGUCUGGGGAGGAUCUGUUCUUGAUUGCAACGUCUGAGCAACCGUUGUGCUGUCUACAUGCGAAUGACUACGUGGAGCCACGAGAUGUGCCAAUUAGGUACUGUGGUAUUUCCACAUGUUUCAGGAAGGAGGCGGGAAGUCAUGGGAAAGACAUGCGGGGAAUCUUUCGCGUUCAUCAAUUCGAGAAGGUGGAACAGUUUGUGGUGUGCGACCCAAAGGACUCCUGGGCCAUGCAGGAAGAGAUGAUAGCAGCGUCAGAGGAGUUUUAUCAGACGCUGAAUCUGCCGUAUCGCGUCGUAGCAAUUGUUUCUGGCGCGCUUAAUGAUGCCGCCGCUCGCAAAUAUGACCUCGAAGCCUGGUUCCCCUCUUAUGAUGACUAUCGUGAAUUAGUCUCGUGCUCAAACUGUACAGACUACCAGGCCCGCGACCUGAGCAUCCGCCUUGGUGCGCCCAAAAUGAACGAACGUGAAAAAACUUAUGUGCAUCUACUUAACGGAACUCUCUGCGCUACCGAACGUACUAUGUGCUGUCUCAUCGAACACUGGCAAACAGAAGACGGUGUCACCGUCCCACCACCUCUAAUUCCCUACAUGGACGGACUCACUUUCCUCCCCUACAAGAAAAAGUAA